AACUCGAGCGGGUGAGAGAAAUUCCCACCCACGGUCGGAGUUACUCACAUUCGCUCGCCCAUGGAUCAUACCUAUACUACUACAUGACUUUAGCACAAGCUGGGACUGAAUAAAGCGUUUGAAACUGAUUGCCAGAGCAGCACACUGGACUUCAGAUGCCCGAAAAGGCUAAACAUCAGACACUGUUCAUUUUCAUUUUUAGAAAAGUUGGGACGCUUUUUUUUUUUUUUUUCAUUGACGUUUAUUGAGAGCCGCCUAUGCGUCUCCAAUUAUUCCCCGACGACCAUUUGAUUAUUUUUGCUUACACGGACGUGCGCAUCUCCUUCAUGUCUGUCUGACUGGAACUUUUUCCAUGGGAACACUUCGCCGGACCGGGGAUUUUGUCGAUGAACUUGUUGCGGUGAGUCCCCUUUAAGCCCUCUCGCACCUGUGUGUACUGGAGUGUCUGUUUCUAGACUAUGGAGGUUCCAGUCGUGUUAGGGGAAGUUAGUGAAUCCCCCGACGCAGUUUUUCACGGACCUUACCAAAGCGUUUUUCAAAGCGUACGCGUUGUGCGAGCGAACAGCACCGCCGUCUCGGAGAGUUUGGAUAUUUGGAGCUCAAAAAAGUGCGGCUGCUUGCACGAUAAAGCAGCGAGGGAAAUGCGUUUGAGCAAGCUGUCUCCCAGCAAAGUAAUAUGCUGCCCCGAGAAAGAGUGCGAGAGUGCGAGUUCACUGAUGGAGGCAGAGGCGAGUCGAAUCCAUUUUCUCAACAGUUCAACAGGAAGCAAAAGCGCCCUGUCCCUGUCAUCUGGCAGCUCAGGCAGUGCAGACGCCAGCGGCAGUCGCGCGGGUUUGCACCGGGGCGCCGAGACAGGACGGAAGUGCAGCGGCGCGGCUGAAGUUCGCACACGCGAGUUGUGUUUGAGCCGUGACGCAAGUGUGGCGAGUGGUCGCGCGUGCAGCAGCACCAUCUCUGAGACAGCGCGACAGCUGUGCAAAGCCGUAUCCGUGUCUUUGGGGUUGGCCAUGGAGUCCAGCGAACUGGGCGAGGGGGGACCGCACCAUGCGCCGCCAACGCCCCUGACCACUGAAAGUAAUUGUGAGGAAACCUAUUUGUUCGGAAUGCCUUUGCUAGACUGUUCAGUGAUCGAACGGGAGGCAGGAGGGAAAGACAGAGAGUACGCUCUCGCGCCGGGACGAGACAGCGUUGCCGAGCUGCAGGGCAGGGAUAAACUGCUCGGGAUGUUUAAAAGUGCCAACCUGGAGCAUCUACCAGGUGAGGUGUCGACCUGGCAGUGCAACAGCUCGUCACAUACGCACUUAAACGCGGAGGUGCAGGAGGUGCCUGAGUUUGCCAGCCUGUCCGGGUACAUUGCCAGUCUGAGUUCAGAAGGUACAGCUACGACGACAGCUCCGGAUAUGGACGCAACACGGACGGCUUCGUGCCAGUUCGAACAACUUUUGUCCGCGAACAUGAACCAAUUAGUCCACCCGGAACCUUUGCCCUCUGAGCACGAUAACGGGCCGAGCCACAGCUUUGUAAAGCGCACAGCGAUGUCCGGUGAGUUUUCUGGGCCCACGGAGGAGAGAUACUCCGAUUACCAGAAUAUGUACAACGUCAAAAUUAAGGCUGAGAUGAUGCCCCGUGAACUGAAUGAGACCUGGACAUACCCGCAUAGGUAUAACGAGGACAGUAACAGAUACUAUGGGCCUCCCAAGCAGAGAAAUCCUUACACUACUGGCCACGAAACACCAUUUAUCUGUAACCCCUACGAGUACGGGCGCGGCGGGGCUCUGGUUCCGCGGGAGCGACCUCCGCCCGAACAGUGGUACCCGGGCGGGGUGUUGACCCGUCCGCCAUACCCUAACGUGCCCUGCGUGAAAAACGAGGUGGGCGAAUGGCUGGAUGUAACAUCGUUCACGGACGGCAGGUUUGAUGGAAGGAGGAGUGACAUUUUCCCAAUGGAGUUUUUCCUUCCACCACAAAGGACAUGCCUAAUCUGCUCUGACGAAGCAUCUGGAUGUCACUACGGAGCCCUUACUUGCGGAAGCUGCAAAGUCUUCUUUAAGAGAGCUGCUGAGGGGAAGCAAAAGUAUCUCUGCGCUAGCAGGAAUGACUGCACCAUUGAUAAACUGAGGAGGAAGAACUGUCCAUCUUGUCGUCUGAAGAAGUGCUUUGAGGCAGGGAUGACCCUAGGAGCCCGUAAGCUGAGGAAGAUCGGACAGAUGAAAGGUCCAGAGGAUGUUGGUGCUGUUCAGGGCCCACCAGAGACAGUUCAGCACCUGUCCCCCAAGCCGUGCCUGACGUUCCACUCUCAACUGAUCUUCCUCAACAUCUUGGAGGCCAUCGAGCCUGAGGUGGUGAACGCUGGCCACGAUCAUGCUCAGCCUGACUCUGCGGCUGCUCUCCUCACCAGCCUUAAUGAGCUGGGAGAGAGGCAACUUGUCAAAGUAGUGAAAUGGGCCAAAGGACUUCCAGGUUUCCGGAACCUGCACGUGGACGAUCAGAUGACAGUGAUCCAGCACACCUGGAUGGGAGUGAUGGUCUUUGCUCUGGGCUGGAGGUCCUACAAGAACGCCAAUGCACGGAUGUUGUACUUCGCUCCGGACCUGGUCUUUAAUGAUCGUAGGAUGCAUAUCUCCAGCAUGUACGAGCACUGUGUUCAGAUGAAGCACCUCUCGCAGGAGUUUGUGCUGCUGCAGGUCACUCAAGAAGAGUUCCUCUGCAUGAAGGCGCUCCUUCUUUUCAGCAUCAUUCCAGUGGAGGGGCUGAAGAGUCAAAAGUAUUUUGAUGAGCUGCGCCUGACAUACAUAAAUGAGCUUGACCGUUUAAUCAGCUAUGGCAGGAAGACCAACUGCGCCAUGCGUUUCCAGCAGCUGACCCGACUGAUGGACUCACUGCAGCCAAUUGUUCAGAAGCUGCACCAGUUCACCUUUGACCUAUUUGUCCAAGCUCGGUCCCUGCCCACCAAGGUCAGCUUUCCCGAAAUGAUAGCAGAAAUAAUAUCAGUCCAAGUGCCAAAGAUCCUCGCUGGCCUGGCUAAACCAAUCCUGUUUCACAAGUGACACGACUACAACCCUGUACCACCGAUCCAUACCGACCCCACCCAGUCAAUAUGAGCAAAUCAUUUCGGCCUGAUCCAGUUUGAUCCAGCCUAAACCAGCCUGCGGACUCGACUUGAGCGACGAGACUGAACGAUACAUAUUUUU